CGUUAAACAGUGGGGAGCGGUGGAAACCAGCAUUAAACACUCUCGUGUGUUUUAAAGUGAAUUUGGUUCGGAAACAUGUCGAAGAAAGUGUUCCAAAGGCUUCUGCGUUCUCCGGCAAAGGUUCGGCCGACGGAUUUGCUAUCCGACCGGGAAUACCGUGAUUUGUCAGCUACGUCAUUCGAGGAAUAUUACCGAAGCAAUUUCAACACGGAACAGCUGCGGAACUUGACAACGGCAGAAGCAAACCAGCUGGAAAUGUUCUAUCUUUUGCGAGAAAAAAAAGCCGAUCGCAUCAAGAAGCGUCUCCGUGAUAAACCGCCACGAACUGUGGCUCCUCCGGUGAUAGUACGCUACGUGCCUGGUUCUGAGCAGCCGGGGCCCGUGGUGGAAAACGCUGAGGACACCGUGGAACAAGCCGCACACGAAAUUGAUCUUGUGGUGGACAAUAUUGAGAGACAGUUGGCUGACGCGCCGCACUUGGAUCAUUUACCAGAGCAAUCGUUGGCUCCGGUGCAACAAGAACCGAUGGAAACCUCCGCUCCGGCAGAGGAAAUUCAACGUGCCCUGGACAGUUUGGACGUGUCCAUGACCCAGAUCGAUCUUUCCCAAGCUAUGCCCCCGAGGGAACUGUUGCUGGAAGAGCCUCCAGUAGAGUUGCCGCCCGUUCCCCUAGGUGCCGUUGAGGCAGAUCUGGACCUUGGUCCACCGGGAGACGCCGCAGCUUUUUUCGGAGUCGAUCACCCAAUGCCCGUUAGUGAUCGUGCGAUUUUAGAUCGUCUGAGGCAGGAGUUCCCAACGCUUGGCCGGCCGCCCAUUGCCGGUCGGUUUGAGGAGUUGGAUGUUGCGCCCAUGCCUAUAACAGAUGGCGCGGACCUAAUGCCACCACCUCCAGCGACCGUAGAAGCAGGAAUCAGUGCUUCAACCCCGAUUGUGCCGAAUCCGAAUAUUCGCCGGUUUUACCACACCAAUCUCAGUGCAAUCAAGGCGCCGGCCUUGGCGGCAGAGGAACCGCAAAGGACAGAGCAGGAACCACAGGUUGGUCCACCGGUUGGAACAGCAGAUACUCCAGUAGAUAACCUCGUCGAGGAUGCAUCGCCACCAAUCAUUGAAAAAGUCGCAGAAGAUCGAGCGCUCCCUGAACCGAUUCAAAUUCCCCCUUUGGAAACAGUUCCUACGGUGGAAGCGAUGCCAGUACAACAGGAAGAUGUGGUCGCUCCACCUACUGUACCUGCUCCAGAACCAAUUGAAUCAAGCUCAUCCGAAGGCCAUCCGGUUCCACGUCCUCGCCGAUCUCGUAAAACUAUUCAAAAAGUUCCCACUUAUACGGACAGUUCGAUUCCCGUUACGAUGAAUCUCCGAUCGGUAUUUACGUUCGACACUAACGAUGUCCCGGAAAUGUACGAGCAGAGUCGAGCCUUGAUUCAGUGCAUUAUCGAUUCGCGGCCCGCCGGAGCUGUUCGACAAGGACGUCCUUCGGGUCCCGAAAGACCCUCACUUCCAAACGGCAUCGAAGAGCAUCCCAUUAUGCGUGACAUUUCGGCUACCCAAGCUGAGUUGAGCUCCAUCAGGGAACCAAAUGUCACCAAUCAGUCCAAGUUGUAUCCGAUUGCAGAGAGACCACAACGUGAGCAACAGGAAGAGCAGCAGCUUCCUGGCGUAUCCAUGUCGGUACCAAUAGGAGAAACCACGCUUCCUCCGGUGAUCGAACCUGUGGUACCACCGAUUCCAUCACUGGUCGAAGUGCCCCUCGAGCACACCAGUCAACUAUUGCUGGACACCGGACUCGGCAAUCAAAUGCUCUUCCCGGAUUCGUCCGUGAACAUUUCCGUGCCGCAAAUCGUCAUCACAGACACCAGCACGUCGCUCGAUACCGGAAUCGGCGUGAACCGGGAAACUCCGGACGUGGCUGAGAGACCACCACCAGCUGAAAGAUCUCGCGCGAUUCAGACCGACUCGGGUGCAGUUUCAACGGAGCCCGUGCAAGUUGUUCCGGUUCGGGGGGAGCCGAAUAGGAACGAUGAUCAGGUAGCGCAGCCUCAGGACACAUCACAUGAUGGGAUGCUAAUUUCGAUGCUGAAACUUUAUUUGGCGCAACAGCGUGAAAUUGCGAAAACCAAACGAAAUGCGAUCACAACCGAUAGGCUUGCGCAAAUUACCGACACCGGCAGGAUGGCCAGUGCCAGGCGCUUCAAGCAGUUGCUGACCCUAAAGGAGUGGGGCUUCAUCGAGUUGGAGACUGGGGCCACAUCACAAUUGAAGAAAAUCUCAUUGCUUUGCAAAACGCUGAACUUUGACACUUUGACUUCUACUUCACGGAAAGCGAGAUGGAAAGGGCGAAUUUGGUGAGUGCACUCACCAUGGCUGGUUCGCAGGAACCUAUUACACAACGAGCGAAUUGGAUCAUCAAUUGUAUCGCUAUCCGAUUGCGGCACGGUAAACUACAUGAGAUGAAGUUUUCGAAAAAAUCCGAUAAAGGAGCAUCCAUUUAGUACGUCACGCAAAUUUUGAAAAUUUUUGACCCCCUCCCCCCCUUCGUACGGGUUUUUCGUAUACCAUCAGGGUACCAGAUUCCGCUCAUCUAAGGCCAGUUUCGCAGAAAUACAUUAUCUGUUGAAUGACUGUUAAGCUAAUUUGUAAUGUUUUUCUAUUUUAUGUUAGUUCAAUCUAAGUACAAUCAGAUACAAAUCAAGACUUAUGUAAAACUUUUCAUAAAAGUAUGAUUUUAUUACAUUUGGUGUGAGACCAAAGUGGUCCUAAUACUCCUAAUUCCGCUCACGAACAAUUUUUUGCCAUCUUUUAAA